CUAGCAAAUCUAGCGUCAAGAUGGGGCGCGGCGGCGGCGUGCCUCCCUCCCGGCCUCCCUCGCAGACGGCCUACUUCGUGGCCCUGGCCGGAGUAGCGCUGCUGCUGCUUAUGCUGUGCUGCUACUUCCUCUACUUCUGCAUCAAGAAGAUCAAUGAACUUUCGGAGCACGAAUCAUUAUGUGGUGCACCUGUUUCUCGCGCUCAAACCACGCCCGCGCGCACCGACGCAUACCCCGUGCAGCCAGUGGUGAGGGACAGUGCAACAGCGAUGGCGAAGUUAUGCAAGGAGCUGCCGAGUGGCGGCGGGCGGGGCACCGUAUUCCCCGCGGCGACGUCGCCCGCGGCCCUGCUGGCGGACAACAGCGCGGGCGGCGCGCGCGGCGGGUCGCUGGCGUCAGGCAGCGAUGGCGCCACCCUCAGCGACGAUACCGCCACUACCGGCACUAGCAUGGAGUCCCCACCGCCGGCCAUCGCGCCGAUACCUGACAGAUAAACAAUCCUACUCCCACCCAGGAUCAUUUAGAGUUAAGUAAU